AUGUCAACCCUACCCGGCUUCACCUGGCCCCGGAACGCCAAGACCAGGCGUAGCUCACCGUCCUCGCCAAUCCUCAUUUCCGACCACCGUCCCCUUAUUAUCGGUCUGGCUGUCGCUGGUGCAGCGACGAGUAGAGUCGUAAUCUACACAGCUUUCUUCUUUAUUCUCAAAUGGCGCAAAUCUCGUAAGAUCGAGCUCCAAGACAAUGACCCCUCACCUUAUGUGGGCGACGGCCACCAGGGCGGGGAUUUAGGCGAUAGUCGCAGUGCGCGCAUAUCUUCAGAACUGCUUGUGGAAUAUAGUGGUGUGAGGACGGAGAAUGGGAAGCUGGAUUUUGUGGAGGUUGACUUGGGUGAGGGGAAGAGCAAGGAGUGA